UAUACUUAGUUGAGGAUAACUCGAUAAUGGCGGAAAUGAUGAAGUGUCAGUUCGAAUUGUCAAAGAUCGAUAAAAUAAUUUGACGACGUUAUCGCUAUGCUUUAAAAGAUUCUGCAUUUUGAGAUAUGUUUAAAAUAUAUAAAAUCAAUUGUGGUGUAAAUCUUGUAAUUAUUGCGGUUAGAGUUAAGAACUUUCAAUGCCAAAUUUAAUAACAAGUCUUGUAUUUUUUGAUGAGAAAAUUUGUGAAAAGAUAAUUACAACGAUUAUUGAGAGAUAUUAGAAUCAUGACAACUACACAGGGAACACCAGAAUCAGAUACUGGAAGUUUUGAAUGCUUUCAAAAUUAUACAGCACCGGAGGUGUUCAUACAAGGACUAGCAGGAAUCGUGGAUCAGCAAGAUGUAGAAUCUAUGAUACGAGCUCAGAAACAAAUGUUACAAAGAUUUGAAAAAACAAAUGAAAUGUUAACUAACUGCAAUCAGUUAUCAAUAAAUAGGCUUAAGUCGGCAGGAGCUGAAUUUAAAAAGCAUACUGCUCUUUUGAUUGAAAUGAAAAAAGACUUGGAUUACAUUUUUAAAAGAAUACGUAUAGUAAAGAAUAAACUAAGUCAACAAUAUCCACAGGCAUUUAAUGAGGCCGUUAGAAGCAGUUUGGCGGAAGAAGUAAUUGUUGAGGAUAUCGAUUGUUCGGUAAAACCAUUGGAACCAGAAAUAGUUCCUCUGCCAAGUGCUACGGUCAAUGAUACAGAGAGAGAUCCAGAUUCAGAUGUUCCAGUCGAGGAGUUUCAGUUCGCGAAGCUGCGUAAAAGGCGAAUUAAGAGCAACGACAGUUCAUCGACGGAGAGCAACAACGAUCAGAGUAUCGCCGACACGUCAUCCUGCACUUCCGACACCGGUUGAAUUUUCGCGCGAGUUGGCCAACGAGCUGUUCGAAAGGGAGCGGGAAAACUAUGCGGAGAGAGAGAGAGAGUAGACAGAGAAAGAGAGAGAGAGAGAGAGAGAGAGAGAGAGAGAGAGAGAGAGAAGGAGAGUAGAAAAGCAAAUGAAAGAAACCAAGAAAGAAAAGAGACAAAGAGAAAAAGAGCGAAUGAGAUAUUUGCGUGUUUAUAUCGCAGCAAGUCACGAUGAUGUUCGUUGCGAUCUUUAACUCGACAAUAAAGAAAAAAAAAAAAUGAAUAAAUAAAUAACUACAAAUAUGCCUCUUUACUCGUUGCACGAUUGCAAGUUCUGUAAUACACGCGUAUGAAUAUCAAUGUCCAAAUAAAGAGAUUCAAGGUCAAUAAAAUCUUCUUUAUGUGUACAUGAAAGUUAGCCGUGUUGAUCAUUUAGCGCGAAAAAAUUCAUUCGAAGCAAUUAUGUGUAAACAAUAUAUCGUAAUUUUGUGAUAUUAUUUAUUGAUAUUUAUCCUCUUUGUUAUUUCUUUUUCAUUGGGCUUGUAUUGUUAUAGUUAUUGGUGUAUCGUUGUUGCUAUGCGUCCUUUUAGUUUUUACGUAAAAUAUGUUAAUGGCGAAAUCGCGUUUCACCUUGAAUAAAUUAUAUCCUGCUUCCCCCACUUGUUGGUCGAGAUUACGAACGAAGAGGACAGUGAAGAAAUAUAAAGGCGUUGCUAUGAAAACACACUUGUCGUAUAAUUUAUAAAAUAUUUUUCUCACAAGGAAAUAAAUUAAAGUUGAUGAUAAUUUAGGAUCGAAAAAAUACUCUAAAUGUUUACAAUGAAUUGAAAUGUUAAUUUGAAUUAAUAUAUAUGAACGUCUUCGAUACUUUCAUUUCGCUCGUUGUUAAUUGAGAAUACAUCGACAGAUGGAGCGCGUGUGGCGUUCGAUUCGCGGUAAAUUUAAUUAAUAAUAUACUCGUGUACAUUCUUGACAAUAUCAAAAAUGUAUUAAGAAUUUAUAUCGUAAAGAAACCGUGAUAUUAAAUCUUAUACAAUGAUGAUCGAAAUGUGUACGAAAAAUAAAACCAAAGUAUAAGUAAUAAAAAAAA